AUGGACUCGUGGCUGCCAAUCUCGGCCAAGUCGCACUUUUCUUUGGCAAACAUUCCUUUUGGCAUCAUCUCAACAAGUGCGGCUUCUCAGCCCCGAGUUGCCGUUGCCAUCGGAGACUAUGCCCUCGACCUCGACUGCUUGGCCCGCCACCAAGGCUUCUCGCAGUGCACGGCUCUGGAGCAAGCCCAUCUGGACAUCUUCUCCGAUGCAUCAUUGAAUCGCUUCGCCUCCCUCGGCCGGGCGCUGCAUCGAGACGUCCGCCAAUAUAUCCAGAGCCUCCUCAGGGUCGACACGCCGUUUCCCGCGCUUCUCAGAGAUAACUCGGAGCUGCGCAACAAAGCUCUGAUCCUGAGCCAGCAGAUCACCAACCAUCUCCCCAUGACGAUUGGCGACUACACCGACUUCUUUGCCGGGCGGAACCAUGCGCAGACAGUCGGCGCCCUUUUCCGCGGCCCGGACAAUGCUCUCAAUCCCAACUAUAACCACCUUCCCGUGGCGUAUCAUGGUCGCGCUAGCUCCGUGGUUGUCUCGGGCACGCCGCUGCACCGUCCCAAGGGUCAGGUGAUGCCACCCGGCGCUCCCGCACCCGUCUUCAAGCCGUGCAGCAGGCUGGACAUUGAGCUCGAGCUCGGCAUGUUCAUUGCGCGGCCAAAUGAGCUUGGCCAACCGAUAGCGGUGGACGAUGCUGACGACUACAUAUUUGGCUACGUCCUCAUGAACGACUGGAGUGCUCGCGAUAUCCAGGCGUGGGAGUAUGUCCCGCUGGGGCCGUUCAACGCCAAGAACUUUGGCACAACCAUCAGUCCUUGGGUCGUGUUAGCCGAUGCUACGGAGCCUUUCAAGACGACCGGCCUGCCCAAUGAUACAAAUCUACAGCAGUACCUCAAGGAGAGCAACAAGGAGAACAUUGUGGACUUCAACCUCGAGGUUGCCCUUUGCACCGAGGAUGGCGACUCGACCGUCAUCACACGUACGUCGUCGAAGAACUUGCUAUGGUCGUGGCCCCAGAUGAUCGCCCACCACACAAUAUCUGGUUGUAAUCUGCGGACCGGAGAUCUCUUGGGGUCCGGUACCAUAUCCGGACUGGAAGAGCGAACGCAGGGCAGCCUUCUCGAGCAGACGCGCGGGGGCAAGUCCCCAAUCAAGUUGCACGGGGGGCAUGAACGCAUCUUUGUCAACGACAAUGACACUAUCGUCAUGACAGGUUACGCGGGCACCACCAAGAGCGGCCUAGUUGGCUUUGGCGAGUGCCGUGGAAAGAUUCUGCCUUGUGUAUAA